AAGGAGAGAGCUGUUAGUAUAUUUCACUCAAAAUCAUGAAUGCUGAAAUGGGAAAAAGUGGCAUCUUAACCCAUUUUCAGCUAAACUGCAUUUACAAGACGAAGGCAAAAGUGGGUCUUUGAUAAUUCAUGGUAUGGUCCGCUGCAAUGAUCCUCAUGAAGAGUUGCUCCUGUUUUUUGCCAAGGCUCUUUGCCUGAAAGUCAUCCAUUGCUUUGGGUCUUUGCCAAUCAUUUUUUAUUCUGUUUUUUUUUUUUAUAUGAAAAAUCUAUUCUCAAUAGCCCUUUCAAGUUCACAAAUUGGUGGUUCCAAAGUCCCAGAAAUGGCCUUGCUUUUUCCCCAAAUGAAACAAAGUAGUAAUGACCCAAAGUUGAAUCAGACAUAUGCAAGCAUGUCUGUCGAAAAACAUGGUGCAUGCAGCAGAUAUAUUCUGAUUGCCCGACUGGAGAAUGGAGAUAGAAGAAGGGAGGUCGAGUGAGUAAAAGAGAAAGAGAUUCCCCCAUCAAUUGUUAGCAAAUCCAUGCACCAAAAUUAACAGAGGAGAUCCCUUUUCCACCAGAGAAAGAUGCCCUGCAUCAUCAUCACCAUCAUCAUGGCUUUUGUCUUGGCUUGCUUAGCUACAAGGUACGUUUUGUAGUAUUGCCACCAGGCUAUAUUUCAGCUCAUUUCGUGUAUAACUCCUUCAACUUUUAUGGUCAUGACUCAUGACCAUACUUCACAGAUCGCAUUGCAGGUGCCACCACAGAGAGAGAGAGAGAGAGAGAGAGAGAUGGAAGAGGGUGCUGUGCCUGGAGGGGAAAGUAACAAGAAACUAAAACUCAUGCAAGGUGAUGGUUCAAGUACUUCUUCUUCAGGAAAUGCAUCGGAGUUGGAGGCCCUAAGGAAAGAGCUUGAGCAGAAAAACUUUAAGAUUCAAGAGCUAAAAAGACAAAUUGAAGCAACUAAGCAUCGUCUGGAAUUAGGAAAGAAAAAAGUUCCAGAGGAGCAAAUGGAAGUGCUGAAGAGCUUGAUCAAGAAAUACAACAGCAUAAGAGAGGAACAUGAAGCAUUGUUGGCCGACAAGUCUAGGAAGAUAUAUUAUAAGUAAACAAAGGCAGCAAGCAUGCAUCUUAAUUAGUUUCAAAUUAAUAGAUCGA